AUGGACGAGAAGCAAUAUUGUGUCAAGCUGUCGGUGAAUCCAUCCCGGGGACUCGUGGACGAGAAGUUUGUCAUCCUGGUCCAGCAUGCCCCUCCUGGUUCUGAGCUGACCGUUCACGCCUUCCAACAGUCUGAGGACGGUCAUGGUUGGGAUGCAUUCGCUCACUAUAUAUCUGAUGCCACCGGCAGAGUGAACGUGUCUGAGGACUGCAGUCUGGGAGGAACAUAUUCUGGAAUUGAACCGAUGGGUCUACUGUGGAGCCUCAGACCAGUUCCAGGCAGCAAACCUGGACUCAGGUUGCGGAAGAAGAACGUCCAGGAGCCCAUGUUGGUCACAGUGUCGGUGUACGAGGGUCACAGGAAAGAGGGCUUUGCAGAUCUUGUCCCUCUUGCCAGUGUCUUGGUGGAGCGCUGGUACAUGGCGCCUGGUGUCCGCAGGAUCCCGGUCACAGAGGGUGGACUCACUGCAACCCUCUUCCUGCCCCCAGGACCUGGACCUUUCCCUGCUGUCAUGGACCUUUGGGGGGGAGGCGGGCAGCUGGUGGAGUAUCGUACAGUGCUGCUGGCCUCACACGGCAUUGCUGCUUUGACCAUCGACUACCUGACCACAAAAAUUACCAAGGAAACAGGAAAGCUGGUGAACCUUCAGUACUUUGAGACUGCGUACAGAUUCCUGCAGGAGCAUCCUCAGAUCCUCGGUAGCAGGAUUGCCAUGUUGGGAAUUUCUGUCGGUUCAAGUAUGGCCCUCAAAAUGGCUGCUUACUCUGAAGUCAUGAAGCUCAGAUGUGUUGUGUGUAUCAACGGGACUCAUGUGCAGCCAGUUGACAAAGAUAUUGAAGGCAUGAUAAAGGCGAUGAUGGACAAUGCCUCUAAAAUUCGCAUCAAUGAGGAGAACCAAACAAUCCUUCGAGAAAUGGUGCCGCCCAUCACCUCAGACCCUUUAAAGAAAGUGGAUGUGGGACGACUGCAGUGUCCUCUGAUGCUGAUUGUUGGUGAGGACGAUAUGAGCUGUACAAGUCAAGAGUCUGCAGUCGAUAUGAAGGAGAUGAUGGAACGAGCAGGGAACAGCCAUCUGCUGAUCAUCCUGUCGUACCCUGACGCAGGUCACCUGAUCGAACCCCCGUACACACCACUCACUCGAGCCAGCAACUUCAUACCUUAUAACUCACGCACGUCAAUAAUGGUUCUGUGGGGCGGACAGCCGGUGGCACAUUCCAGAGCUCAAGAGGACUCCUGGAAGAAGAUGCUGCUCUUUCUCAGGGUGAAUCUGUUCGGUGGAACUCGCCCUGGUGCAGCGCCACUCUCCCACCUUUAA